AUGGAUUCCGGAGAUUAUCCGAAUAGUCCGAUGUUCGGUGGUGCACGAUGGCCGGGUACAGAACCCGAUGAAUACCGGCCAUUCGACAACAACGCCGAGUACGAUCCCGACUUUUCCACCCACUCAUACGGGCUGUCCGACAUGGAACUGUCUCCACACCGUCCCUCCGCUUCUGGGUCCGCCUCCAAGAAGAAGCGGACCAAGGCACGAGCCCAGAAGUUGCCUACAACGGAGAUUGAUGUUUCGGAGGAUCCGGUGUACGCCAACAACCAGAGGGUGGCUGCGUAUUGGGAGCGCAUCGCCGAGAAAUACAACGCGGCCAAGCCGGCGAACGCGUACAAGCGCCACAGGGAGCAGCUCCGCAAGCACUGGGAUCAAAUAAAGAAGCAGGUAAAUUUGUUCGCGGCGGAGUACGAGAAGUGCGAGAGGGAGCAGGCCAGUGGCGAAAGUCUCGUGGAUGUGCGGGACAAAGCGAUGCAGUCGUACAUUUCAUUGUAUGGCGAUUUCAAGCACUACCAGUCCUGGGCGCUCUUGAGGGACAAGCAAAAGUUCGUUGGUGGUGUGAUUCCCCAAUCGACGGCGGCGAGGAGGAGGGCGUCGAAGCGCACCUUCAAUGAUUAUACAAGUAGCGAUAGCGGCACGUCUCCGAUGGACCUCAACAGUCCGGUGUUCGAGGAUGAGAGUUCCGGCACACCGAUGUCCUCCCGGCGUCCCCCUGGCGUCAAGGCUGCCAAGGGCUAG